AUGACAAUGGAAAAUAACGAUUCUGACGAAGAGACACAAAAGGGACCGGUAGAAAAUGCUUGGUCAAUGAAAAUACCAAAAUUUAAACCUGAAGAUAAUCCACAUGGGCUCCUGGAGGAAAGUAAAUUUGCAACUUUAUUCCCUAAGUAUCGCGAACAAUAUCUUAAAGAAUGCUGGCCUUUAGUACAAAAAGUAUUGAAUAACCAUAACAUUGUUGCCGAAUUAGACCUGAUUGAAGGUAGUCUAACUGUUAAAACUACGAGAAAAACGUGGGAUCCUUAUAUUAUUAUAAAAGCACGAGAUUUCAUGAAAUUACUAUCUAGAAGUGUUCCUUUUGAGCAAGCUGUCCGAGUUUUAGAAGAUGAAAUAGGUUGCGACAUUAUUAAAAUUAACUCAUUUGUUAGCAAAAAGGAGACCUUCCUUAAAAGGCGACAAAGAUUGAUUGGUCCUAAUGGAGUAACAUUAAAAUCAAUAGAACUAUUGACUGAAUGUUAUGUUUUAGUUCAAGGUAACACUGUAUCUGCUGUAGGCCCAUAUAAAGGUUUAGUACAAGUGAGAAGAAUUGUUGAAGAUACCAUGAAAAAUAUACACCCUAUGUACAAUAUUAAAAGUCUUAUGAUUAAGCGUGAGUUGAUGAAAGAUUCAAGAUUAAAAAAUGAAAGUUGGGACAGAUUUUUACCUAAUUUUAAAAGUAAAAAUGUUCCAAGAAAACAACCUAAAAAGAAAAUCAACAAAAAACCUUACACUCCAUUUCCACCCCAGCAACCAGAAAGUAAAAUUGAUAAAGAAUUGGCAACUGGUGAAUACUUCCUCAAAGAUGACCAGAAAAAAGCAAAACGAAAACAUGAAAAAGAGGAAAAACAACAAGAAGCAAAGAAGGCCAAAGAAGAAGCAAGAAAGAAAGAUUUUAUUCCUCCAGAGGAAAAGAAAUAUGAAAACAAUGCAUCAACUGAACCUACUGUUAAUAUUAGUGCAUUUAAGGCAAAAAUGAAAAAAGCUGCAAAACAUACUAAAAAUAAAUAA